GCUCACUCUUUUACAAGUCUCUGGACACAGCCGCGCUCAAGAGUCACAUUGAAGCAGUCGAGGAUCAGGACGCGCUGCGGAAACUGCUCCCAGGCAUGGGCCUGGUGGCCUUUGUGGGAAAUGGCGCCAUCCUGCCACGGAAGAGUGGCGUCGAUGAUCGGCCCAUGACGAAGAAGGACUCGCCAGACCUGGUGACGUUCGAAAGCCCUGCCUCAAUGGAAGUGACCCUGUCGCUUCCACACGCAGGUGACGUUAUUGGCAUGGGCAUUCAGAAGGGCGUGACCCUCAUUGUGGGCGGCGGCUUCCAUGGCAAGAGCACCCUGCUGCAGGCUUUGCAGUUGGGCAUCUACAACAAGGUUCCAGGAGACGGUCGGGAGCAUGUGGUUUGUGACCCACACGCAGUGAAGAUCCGUGCCGAGGACGGCCGUUCUGUCAAGAGCACUGACAUCUCGCCGUUCAUCAACAACCUGCCCUUUGGCAAGCAGACGCAGCAAUUUUCAACUGGAGAUGCCUCGGGGUCCACGUCGCAGGCUGCCAACAUCAUUGAGGCUUUGGAGAUUGGCUGCAGUACGCUGCUUGUAGAUGAAGAUACCUGCGCGACAAAUUUCAUGAUACGGGACGAGAAGAUGAAGGCGCUGGUGGCUCCGGACAAGGAGCCGAUCACUGCCUUCGUGUGCAAAGUCCGCUCACUACUGGAGGAGCACGGCGUGUCCACUGUUCUGGUCGUGGGCGGAAGUGGAGAUUUCUUCAGCGUAGCGGAUUCUGUCAUCAUGAUGGAUGAGUAUGUCGCAAAGGAUGUCACCAAACGUGCUCGUGAGAUCGGACAGAAGCACCUCGGUACUCUUCCAGCAGCAUUUGCAAGCAAACCUUCGGAGAGAGGGAGAGAACUGCCAUGA